CCAGACGGACACGAUACCUAAACAUGGAAGUGAAAGUAAAAGUGUCGAUAGUUUUGUGACAGCAUAAGACAAAAUGACCACUCCAGAAGUAGUCUUGAGAUCGGAUUCCAAGCGCUCCCACCUUCAUGAUAGCCGGAGAAGCAGCAUCUUCACGCUAGCCUUUGAAGAAGAGGAUGGCUGCCUUCCGCGCGUCUUUGCCUGCCGUCAGAAUUUGGCCACGGAGAGCGGAAAAAGACUGCAGACGGUUCGUAUCUGGAUUUUAUGUUCGGUUUCUCUGGUCGCCAUCUUGGUUGUGGCCAUUGUCGAUGUCCAGCACUAUACCACCGAGGAGUUUAACAACAGGCAAUCGCGGACUGCACUACGGCAAUGGGAGUGCCUCGAUCCCGUCUUGCAUUACUUGAGCUUAGAGGGCGCUUUAGAAACCCACCUGAGGGUGAUUCUUGAAAACCUGAACAGAACUAGUACAUCGACAAAUUUAUCAUCGUCUACAUCAAUCCCGCUAUCUAAUGCUUCGAUGGAAGUAGAAUCGUCGACCUCGGCGACUUUCACGUCGACAACCCCCACCACUUCAACAUCCCCAGUGUUGUCGUCAUCCAUCGCAGUAUUAAUGAGCCAGUUGUACAUAUUCCGUAAUUUUACCGACACCUCUCUGGCCGACUCGUGUGUAGAAAAUCUAUUUUCAGAAACCGCAAUCGCUAAUGAUACAAAUUCUUUCAAUCCUGAGCAUUUCAAGGACCGACUUCUGCAGCAUCGGAACAACGUUUCGUACAACAGCGGAAGCUUGGAGCAAAGCUUCUAUCAAGACCAUCGCAAGGAAUUGUUCUCCGUUGGCUCAACGCGUCACGUGACCUCAGGGUACCUUGCUAUUCUUGCUUCACGUGUUCAUAUGGCGAGUGAGAUGGAACUCUCAACCCGAUGUCUGGGGCCUUCUGAUUCCAUACCCAGUGAUUUCAUAUCUACCGUAGGAGCGCUGCACGAAGCGGCGCAUACACUUUUACAGUUUGCAUCUGACACAGAUGAUUCUGUUUCCGACAGGUUACUUGAAGAUGUGCUGGACGCAGAGCUUUAUACAGAUGUUUUGUAUUUGGGUAGGUUAGAUGUACUUUCGCUGUGCAAUACGUCGAUCAUUCCAGACAAUUUCAGUAUGGAUCCGUACUUUGAUACCAUGACCCUAGUACUAACAACCCUCAGGAACGUGAACGAUGAUGCGUUACAGGUCAUGAUCCAGACCGCUGAAGGGAAACUAGACUCCAUUCGAGCCCGUUUAGCCCUUGAGAUCGUAGCGACGCUAUGCGUAGUGCUGUUCUUUCCAUUGGUGCUGAACUCCGUAGGCAACAUGACCGGCUGGAUCCACGACUACGCCCAUCGGCUCAAGGAGCGGACGGAUGAGCUGAAGCAGGAGAAGAAGAUGACAGAGAGUCUGUUGUAUCAGUUGCUACCAAGGAAAGUGGCCAAUCAAAUCCGGGCUAAGCAGCAGGUGCGCGCGGAAAGUUUCGAUGCAGUUACCAUCUUCUUCUCAGACAUCGUGGGUUUUACAAGGAUCUCGGCUCACAUCAACCCCAUCGAGGUUGUUUCAAUGCUCAACGAUCUCUACUCCUGCUUUGACGGUCGAAUCGACGUCUAUGACGUCUACAAGGUGGAGACCAUCGGUGACGCCUACAUGGUCGCCAGUGGAUGCCCGGAGAGGAAUGGUGAUAAGCACGUCAAGGAGAUCGCUACCAUGUCCAUUGAUCUACGUAGUGCUGUGAAGCAGGUCCAUGUCCCUCGAUCACCAUCUAUCAAACUGCAGGUCCGGAUAGGUCUCCAUACGGGGCCUUGUGUGGCGGGAGUAGUAGGAGUAAAGAUGCCUCGUUAUUGCCUCUUUGGAGAUACCGUCAACACAGCAUCGCGUAUGGAGUCCAAUGGAUUACCGAAUAAGAUCCAUCUAAGUGGAGAAUGUUAUGAAGCUUUGGCUCGGGACACUACCUAUGUGAUGGAGAAGCGAGGGGAAGUCCAAAUCAAGGGCAAAGGAUUGAUGACUACAUACUGGCUCAUCUCACGUGAUGACUAUUCCGAAAUAAACGAUAGCGCAGUGUGUACGUGGAAACCCAAGAAAAAGAAGAAAGUGGCCUUAGACGCGGGCUCCCAGGAUUUAUUAUCCAGCGCCGAGAACUCGUCCGCGGCAAACAGUUCUAUCAGCUUGAAUUCGUCAAUCAGAGCGGCUGGGGAUGCGACUGGUAAUGAUGUGGACAGUGAAACGAAGAGGUUGCCAAGGAUACCGGGACAGGUGUCUGAUGGAGAUGGUGCACACAUCACAGAGGAGAAUGCAUAGUAUAUUAUAGAAUGGAUAUGUGGUAGAGCAGCUGUAUCAAAUGAAACUGAUAAGCCUACGACCCCCACCCUGUGUCAUUUAGGGUACGCGCAUGCAUGUUCCCUCCUUUUGAAAACACUCCCUUAAG